UUCUGAUAAUCGCAAAUUAAAAUUAAUAAAACCAAAACCAUAAUAAAAAUGCUUUUACUUGUCCCGUUAGUCGUGUUUGUGGAACAAGCGACAUCUGGCAAACGCGCAAAGGCGGUCAGUUGACUGGUAGGCGCCAUUUUGAUGUGAGAAAACUGUUGUUUAGUGUUCAUGUACAAACAUAGGAUUCUUCCUUCGGGAAUGGAAAUAAUAGCUCAAAAAUAUACGAAAACGGAUUUAUGUAUACCGCAUAUUACCUAAUUUAUAAAAGAAUCGUCAGCUUUUACAUUAGAUAAGCGAUUCAUAUUUAAUAAAAAAUGUUUUACGCACAUUUUGUGCUCGCCAAAAAGGGGCCUUUGGCCCGAAUCUGGUUGGCUGCUCACUGGGACAAGAAGCUCACCAAAGCCCAUGUAUUCGAAACCAACAUAGAAAAGUCUGUCGAUGGAAUUUUGCAACCUAAAGUCAAAAUGGCCCUCAGAACAUCAGGGCAUCUGCUUCUGGGGGUCGUGAGGAUUUAUUCAAGGAAAGCAAAGUAUCUUUUGGCUGAUUGCAAUGAGGCUUUCGUUAAAAUUAAAAUGGCAUUCAGGCCUGGGAUGGUGGACUUGCCUGAGGAACACAGGGAAGCCGCUGUUAAUGCUAUUACUUUACCAGAAGUGUUUCAUGAUUUCGAUACUACAAUGCCUGAAUUGAACGACGUCGACAUCGAAGCCCAAUUCAGCAUCAACCAAUCGCGAGCCGAAGAAAUAACCAUGCGCGAAGACUACAGCCUUUCCAUGGUCAACCACAACCACGAUGAUGGUUUUGGAGACAUGGGGUUCGAUUCGGACGCCCCCGACCUAAUGAGGCACGCCUCCGGUUUAACGCCAUCUAUGGAACAAAGUAAUUUACUAUUCAGCGAACCAGUAUUGGACCCUAUGGGGUUAGAUAAAGAUCCUGAACCCAUACCGUCGACUUCUGGUACCCAGCCUCACCACCGGCAAGAGACGCCCAUGGAAAUUGAUACGUCAUCGGCUAGAGAUGAUGGAUUUGGUGGCACUAUAGACAAUAAUAUGAUCGCUGGUGGGUUAUUCGAGGGCGGUCUUUUCGACGAUGCGCCUAUGGGCGAAGUACCGCCUGUCGAUACCACGAUUCCAGAACCAGCCCCUCAAGAGAUCCCGGAACAUCCAGAGAGCGACGACGAUGACGUACUCGACAAUUUCGGAGGUCCCCCUUCGGUGGGAGGCUUAAGUUCCGACGGAUCUCGACCGCCAACUUCGAUGACGGUGCAUCCCCCUCCCGCUCCCACUCCCACCCCGUCAAUGCAUUCUGUCCAUCCGGAACCGGUACCGGAACCACCCCCAGAAGAACCUCCAGGGGCGCCGCCUACUGUCGACCAGACGACUCUUCUUCAAAACGAAGAAGAAAGCUUCGCCUUAGCGCCUGUGGAUGCAUCGCAAUUAAAAGAUGAAUUCUACCUAGGUCUAACAAAGACCAGGAAGAAAAGGAAACUCAUCGUCGACGAAGUGAAAAACAUAUCCGGCGAGGAGAUGAAGAACCAAUUGAGCGAUACCAGCGAUAUCGUGACGACGCUGGACUUGGCGCCGCCUACCAAGCGAUUGAUGCAUUGGAAGGAGACGGGCGGGGUGGAGAAAUUAUUCGCUCUGCCCGCUCGUCUCAUUCCUGCUCGCAUUUUGUUCAAGAACUAUCAAAGGCACUUGUCGCUCCGAGCCAUCGGUACGGAAGAUUUCGGCGUACUAGGCGACGCGGACUCCCUAGCACUGGACCAGGCUAGAGAUCACGAAGAAUCGGUCGUUCCCGAACCGCCGACGCCCGCCAAACGAGGCAGAAAACGUAAAGUCGUAGAGGACCCUAGUCAGACACCUCUGCACGUCCAAGAAGAACCACUUCCGUUGCCCGACAUGGGUAUGAUGCCCCAAACUCCUUUACCUCUUACUCCGUACCCCACGGAGCAUACCCCAUUACCCCCACAAACCCCAUUACCUCCUUAUCCUACGUCGCACACUCCGAUACCCCCUAGUCCUUAUCCACAAUCACACACUCCGAUCCCGCCUAGUCCUUACCCACUUUCGCACACGCCCGUACCCCCGCACACGCCUUAUCCUCAAUCUCAUACGCCGAUGGGGCAACCCAUGACGCCCAUGAUGCAUAUGCAGGGGCAGGAUAUGGGACAGGACAUGAUGUCGCCGGGAAUGUUACCUCCCUCGACGCCUGGAAUGAUGUAUCCACAGACUCCUGGUUAUCCAGCGCCGCCUACGCCUUUACAACAUAUCGAAGAGAUGCCGCAUUUGGCUGCAGACCAAGUUCACUCGAUACUCCAAGAACAGGAAAACAUGGGCGGUAUGCCGUCCAUGACGCCCGCCCACACAUCCGAAGACCUCCUGGGCGAUCAUAUGGGCGCGCCGACGCCGCAUCAUUCUGGCAUCGACGCCAAUUUACCUUUGGAACCUUUGGAGAAUCUGCAAAAUGAUCUACCUCCAAUGGAGAAUAUGGGAUACGACCAAAACCAGAUGGCCAAUAUGGGCUAUGACGAAAGCGCCCAUCCUGGAAAUAUGUCGGAAAGGGUGCAGUCUCCAUGGAACAAUGAUUACGAUUGCGAGGCAGGACCGACGGAAGAACAAUUGGCAGAUGAGACUGAAGAACAGUUCGCCGAGAGGGUGCUGAACAAGAGGGCAUAUCAAAUGUUCCAAGUGGUCAAGCACAAGUUCAACCUUAACGAUAAAAUCUCUUUAGAGGAAAUGUGCCACAGGAACACCAAAAAACAGGCAGCGCAAAAGUUUUACAGUUUGCUGGUACUCAAAAAGUUCCACGUUCUGGAACUUUCGCAGGAAGAGGCCUACGGCACAAUCACCGUGGUUAAAGGACCGAAAUUCGACAACCCUUCGAUGUAAAUAACAUGAAUAACGCCGCUUCGUAGUUGUUUCAAUCUCCCGUAGAUCGAAUUUCCCUCGUGAUUCUGUUCGUUACAUCUGCUAAGACGAAAGUACAAAAUGAUAAAUUUAAGUCUGCCAGUUUUGGUGUAGAGAAAUCUAUUGUGGCAAACGUUCAAACGAAAUUAUUUUCAAAACAAUUAGUUUUGUCUCAUUUUUAUCCCGGUUAUUACUGAAAAAAUAAUGUUUUUCCAAAUUAAAACGAUCUUGAAACUACAAACUUGGUAUCACCAGCAUUUUUUUUUUUUUUUAUUUCAAUUAACAUUAAAAAUUUGUGAUUUAAAACUCCUAAAAUUAAUGAGUUUCGUUUUCCAUUUUUUCGUAAAUGUUCCUGUUCUAUUUUGUAUAAUAGUCUAGGAAAAUUUUACAGGAAUUUGGCACAGACGUAUUUAGUUUCCAUUUUUUUCCAAAAAAUUCCUGGACUAUUAUAAAAUACACAAGACUAAUAAAAUAAAUGACUAAAAUCUUACUAACAGCCAAAUCAGCUGAUCGAAAACCACUAAUAUUAAUUGUACAUACAUAAUACAAAAAUUUACAAACGGUACCUACUUACAAGUUAAACUGUUAAAAUUUACACUGUUAAAAUUUACAGAAAGGUACAUGUAAAUUUACAUUUUUUUUUAUGCAAAUUUACACGUAACGAUGUAAAUUCUCAGUUAAACUUUGAAAGAUCAACACUGAAAGAACAGCACUGUUCGAAGUUGUAUUUGUAAAUUUACAGUUACGUUACGAGUAUAAAUGUACAGUUAUGCUGUGGUUGUAAAUUAUAUUAUUAUGUUAUAGUAAAAAUGAGAGUUACGGUUGAGUGUAAAUUUACAUUUACGUUAGUGUAAAUUUACAGUUACGUUAGGAAUGUGAAUUUACAGUUACGUAGUGAUCGUAAAUUCAAUUACGUUGGAGUAAAAAUUGGAGUUAC